AAUGCUAUUCCAUUCCCUGUAAUUUUCACUUGUUCAGUCAGAUCAGAACAAUGCACUCCUUGACCGCCGCCGUCUUUUUCGUAGCCGUUGCCGCCGCCAGCGCUAGUGGCAUCCUUGGUGUCCACGGAGGGCUCGGUGUGCUAGGUGGUCUUGGCGGAGUCGGAGUCGGUCUCGGUGGCGUCGGACUCGGUCUUGGUGGAGUCGGAGUCGGUCAUGGCAUCGUCGACCCUAUUGCCAUCGCCAACACCGUUAACGCUGGACGCGUCACCGACGUUGGCGCCCCAGCCGUCCUCUCAGGACCUGCCGGAAGCGUGGUUAGAGCCGGAGUAGCCGCCGUUCCCGCUGCCAUCGCCGGUCCCGCCGUCAUCGCCGGACACGGCAUCGCCGCCCCCGGAAUCAUUGGAGGAGCUGGUCUCAUUGGUGCCGGAGCUGGUAUUCUUGGCCAUGGUGGCUUGAUUGGAUCUGGACUGGAAGGUCAAUGGAUCCCUGACAUCAACGAAAAAUUGUACGAUGAUGGUUCCUACAAACCUCACGUAUAUGGUCAUUAAGUCGUGGGAGAUGGGGUGAAGUUUGGAAAAUUUCCGGUGUAUAUAUAAUCAAGUCCCCAGUGUGUUCAUUUUUUUCUACAGUUCUCUUUCCUCUUGUAUUUUUUCUUCAAUAAAAAUUUAAUUGUC